CCAACCAUGAGUAUAUAAACUAAACGAUGAGCUUACUGCAAUCGUGAGUCUGUCGCCAAAUACUAGUUGAGCAAGAAUGUUGUUCGAAGCCGUUUCACUCGCCGUCUUGGUCUUGUUGAUCAUCAAGGCGUCAAAGCGACCACGCAAUUUCCCACCUGGACCGAGAGGCGUACCCAUCCUUGGUUACCUUCCUUUCUUGUCCAAUGGUGAACCGGUGUACCGAACGAUGAAGAAACUUGCAAAGACUUACGGACCUGUUGCUGGUUUUUACGUGGGACCCAAUCAGCCUUUUAUUUCUGUAGUCGGUCCGCAAGCUGUCAAAGAAGCCUUGCAUAACGACGAUUUGAACGGCAGACCCUCCAACUCGGUUAUUCUCGCCAGAACGUUCGGCGAGAAAUUAGGUGUGGCAUUCACCGAUGGGGAAUUCUGGCGUGAACAGCGACGGUUCACUAUGCGUCAGCUGAGAGAAAUGGGUUUCGGCAAGAGCUCCAUCGAAUAUCAAACGAUGGAGGAGAUCCGAGAUCUGAUUGACGAGAUCAGAAACCAAGGGAAAUCAAAUGAAGAUUACAUUGUUGAUUUUAAGGGCAUCUUUGUCGUUUCGGUUGUCAACAUUUUGUGGGCAAUCGUCGGAGGAGAGAGGUUCCAGCGCAGCGAUGCUAAAUUCAAACGUUUGCUCGAAGACAUCGACUUGUUUUUUCGAGUUGGUAAUCCCGUCCGGGCUAACGUCCCCGUUCCAGUAUUCCUAUUGCAAAUGUUUCCUCGUCUAAGAAGCUAUUUUGGAGUGGAAUCGGACAUGUUCGAGCCUCUACAAACAUUUAUUAAAGAGACGGUGGAGCAACAUGAAAGAAGCAGAUCUGUAGAAGCUGAUAUUCCUCGUGAUUUUAUUGACGCCUACCUCGACGAAGUGAAGCAACAAGCUGUCAAGAAUUCUUCUACAACUUUCACCUAUAAACAACUGGUGGCCACCGUUCAAGAUCUGAUUACCGGUGGAUCUGAGACCACAACGAACGCGAUUGGAUUUACGUUACUCUAUCUAAUCCAUUAUCCGGAAGUGCAACGCAAAAUGCAGGAGGAGCUGGAUCAAGUGUGUGGCACUGCUCUGCCAUCUUUGGGUCUCCGAUCUAGUUUACCUUAUACUGAUGCUGUCCUCAUGGAAGUUCAACGAAUGAACACCAUUGCUCCGGUGACUGCUCCUCACCGCGCCAUGAAAGACACGCAACUUUUAGGCUACACCAUACCCAAAGGGAGCAUUUUAUCAAUCAACAUUGAUUCGGUCCUUAACGAUGCUGGCACUUGGAAAGAUCCUCAUUGCUUCCGUCCAGAACGUCAUUUGAAUGUUGACAUGACGAAGAUUGUGAAGAAUGAAAACCACAUUCCCUUUGGCGUCGGAAAGCGAAUGUGUUUAGGAGAGCCGUUGACGAGAAAUAGUUACUUUCUGUUCACGUCAUCGUUGGUGAAGACGUUUGAAUUCAGCGCUGUUCCAGGACAACCAUUACCGACACUGGAACCCGUAGUAGGUUUCACAUCUGCCUAUGAUGGAUUUAAAGCCGUUGCCAAACCUCGAACAAUAACACAAGCUCUUUAACCUGUUUUGGCCCCCGCACGACCAGAAUCCAAAGAAUCCCACGUGAAAUUCUAUUUUAUUUGAUUCAUCCAGCGAAAAUAAUAAUUUGAUCAAGGGCAGCAGAUGAUGAUAAAGCUGUCAAAUUAAACUGGUUUCUCUAUACGACCAGGAAACAAAUGCUGGUGAAACAUUGACACUCCCAACUUUAAUUUUUUCCCCCUCUAUUUUUACUUCCCUCUGUUGCUAUAAUCAUCGAAAACCUGUUUCUAUAAAGAUUUUAAUUACUCUUUCUUUUCGGCCCGCUUAUUACUCAUUCUCGGAACAAAUUUGUCUAUUAUUCACGUGGGAGAAAAAGCAAAACAAGAGUAGUUUCUCUACAUAUAGUACACAUGCUAAUUAUAUUCCUCUUUGUUUCUUGUAACGUACAGCAUGAGCUACCGCCAUGUAAUAUAUAUAUAUAUUCUACCACGAA